CAAGGAUUGGUCUGUCUGUAGCCAAGCAAGCUGUCAGUGAGACUUGUACAUACACACAUACGUAACAGAGCUACCUGCCUGGUAACCAUUCCCAGUAGCCCUGUUCAUGGCUUGAUCUUUGUUCAACAUCACCAUAAUUUCCUCACAUUUCAGGGCCUAUCCUUCUUUCAUAGCGGAAAAAUGGACCUGAUGGACACCGACAACGAUCGCUUUCCUCUGCACACUGCGGCCCGUGAAGGGCGGGCCACGGUUGCGGAAGCCUUGCUAAAGGCCGACCCCAAACUCUCGCAGCGCAAGGAUGACGAUGGCCGGUAUCCCGUCCACUGGGCGGCAUCCUCCAACAACUUAGACAUUAUGCUCCUCCUCGCCAACCAGCGGAGUUUCGACCCAGACGUCCAGGAUGAGAGCGGAUGGUCUCCGCUCAUGAUUUCCGCCAGCGUUCCCGACAGUGAGCCCAUCCUCAAGCUGCUUAUCCAGAGGGGCGCCGACAUUAACCUCAAGACCGCUAAUGGACAGGUAAACUCCCCCCUAGCCCCCAUCCCGGCUGCUCCUCAAGACUCAUGACUUGUCUUAACAGGCUGCCCUCCACUUCGUGGCUUCCAAGAAGAACUUGGAUGUCGCCCGUCUUCUCAUCGAAAGCAAACCUCCAGCAUCCACUCGCAUCCGUGACCGUCGUG